GCACCAUAAACACUUGAUGCCAACCGCCGUUAAACCCCACAGAAGAAGUCUGCAGGUUUUAGCCACAGUAAAGAGGUGUCUCGCUUUCGGGCUAAAAGUUUCUCUAACGUUAGUUAUAAAGCUAGCUAGAACAACUUGUCAACAUGUUUCGAAGAAAACUGACAGCUUUGGAUUACCAUAAUCCCUCUGGGUUUGACUGUAAAGAUGAGACAGAGUUCAGGAAUUUCAUUGUGUGGCUGGAGGACCAGAAAAUCAGACACUACAAAAUUGAAGAACGGGGCAACCUGAGGAAUAUCCCCAGCUCGGGAUGGCCCAAGUCCUUUGAGCAGUAUCUUCAAGAUGUGAAUUGCCCAUUCACUGUCGAAGAGAGACAGGAGUCAGUGGACUGGUUGCUGGGUCUAGCCGUUCGGUUGGAAUAUGGCGACAAUGGCUCCCCAGUUGAGAAGUACAAGAAUUGCCCGCUAGCCACAGCCACCGAGGCGGCGAAACCCUCGGAUCCCCUCAUCCAUCUGGACAGCAGCAACCCAGACUUUAAGGCUGGUGUCUUAGGCCUGGCUAGCCUGCUGAAGAUCCAGCGUCACGACGACUACCUGGUCAUGCUGAAGGCUAUAAGGAUCCUUAUCCAAGAGAGGCUGACUCCAGAAGCCAUAGCCAAGGCCAGCCAGUCGAAAGAGGGUCUCCCUGUGGCCUUGGACAAGCACAUCCUCGGCUUUGAUACCGGAGACGCCACCCUGAACGAAGCGGCUCAGAUCCUACGUCUGCUCCACAUCGAGGAGCUACGUGACCUGCAGACCCGGAUCAAUGAGGCCAUCGUAGCCGUCCAGGCCGUAAUUGCAGACCCGAAGACAGACCACCGCCUGGGCAAGGUCGGCAGAUGACCUGUCUUGCCUGACCCCUUGACCUCUGCCUUUAACCCCCAACAUACAGUCUGUGAAAAAGAAGUACCACACAAACUAUACAUGGAUAUUGGUCCAAGACCUUGUCCUUAUUUUAUUUUAGUCCAACAACUAGGACUAAUCCUUUGAGGUUUGUUUUUUUUAAGGAUUUGGGACAGUUGGAAUGAAAUGGACUAGUUUUUUUUGUUUUUGAGAAAGAAAUGCAUUUGUCGCAUGAGUGUUGGAAUGAGAAUGUAUGAAAUACAUUGGGGGGGAAGAAACUUUGGUUUGUGUUCAUAAGAAAUUGGAAGUGCUAUCAGAUUCUGUGCUGAAAUUACCCUUGGAGUUGGAGAUGGAAUCAGCGAUAAAAGUCAGGAAUUACAUCUUAGGAAAGAUAAAGGAUUAAAAAACUGUAAGAACAAAUAUUUGGCGACAAUGUGGUGAAAUACAAAAUGAUUAGUGCACAGAAUACCCAAAUACUGCAUUGCUGUGUGUUCAUUCAAUACACAUGGAUAGAUAUAACUGGACCUGUGGCUCAAAGAUCUAGUUUUAUUUUAUUUUUUAUAGAAAGCCAAAGUAUGAAAAUGAGGUAAACAAAUUUACAAAACUUUUUUUGCGGGGGAGGGAAGUCACAGUUGACGUUUGGAAAUUUACUUUGGUGGUUGGUGAAAUCCUUGCUUUGUCGCAGGUGUCCUUCAUUCAACGCCUCUGUAGAAGUCUAUGACAGAAGGGUUCUCAUAGCGGAAUGCACUACAAGACUCGUCCGAAAUAGCACCAUAAAACGAUCCCCUAUCAUUAGUCUCCCUGCAUCAGAUAACUACAUUAAGUCACAUGACAGUGAACAUCCUUGACAACUACACCACACUCGGCUAUCAUCAGUCACAGAACAAACAAUACUUUCCAAACCUGUUAUUUUUGACAUCCGUAAAUACCAGGGGAGAAUGACUGCCCCCUCUCAUUGAAGCCACUGAAGUUCAAGGCCAACUGCGGAACUGCAGGAUCCCUAUUAUUGUGAAUGAAAAUCUUUGUGGUCAAUCAGUGUAAAAAAAUCCCCCCCAAAAAAUCAAGGACAAUUAUGAUAAGAAUAAUUUAAGCUAGUACACCAGCAGUAUGUCCUUGAAUCGAUUAUCAAAAAAAUGCGCAUACAGAGGAUCAUUUAGUUGCUAAUGGCAGCCUGCAGUACCCCGGGUCAGCUUUCAACUUGAGUUACUCAAUGAGAUGGGGCAACACAGCUAGCCUGCAACCUAAUUUCCUGGAGUUGCUCAAACUGCGCAUGUCUCCAUGAGACACCGUCUUUGAUGUUGCGGCGAAGACCGGUCACAUUUCGUCACCUGGGCCUUUAGUACAGUGAUUUGGCAGCAGUUGCCUUCUACUUGAGGAACUUGCUAGUUGACAGGUUCUAUGCUAAGGCUCUUUGUACAGCCUCGGUCAUUUGGCGUCUUUUUGUUUGUUGAAGGUGUCCGCUCCGAUACGUAACAUCAAAAUGAUGUCCCCCAGUACAGUGCAUUCAGAAAGUAUUCCUACCCCUUGACUUUUUCCACAUUGUAUUAUGUUACAACCUUGUUCUAAAAUGGAUUAAGUAAUGUUUUCCCCCUCAUAAAUCUACACAACACCCCAUAAUGGCAAAGCAAAUACAGGUUUUUAGAAAUGUUUGCACAAAACUGGAAUAUUACAUUUACAUCAGUAUUCAGACCUUUUACUCAGUACUUUUUUGAAGCACCUUUGGCAGUGAUUACAGCCUUGGGUAUGACGCUACAAGCUUGGCACACCUGUAUUUGGGGAGUCUCCCAUUCUCUGCAGAUCCUCUCAAGCUCUGUCAGGUUGGAUGGGGAGCAUUGCUGCACAGCUAUGUUCCGGUCUCUCCAGAGAUGUUCCAUCGGGUUCAAGUCUGUGCUCUGGCUGUGCCACUCAAGGACAUUCAGAGAGACUUAUCCCGAAGCCACUCCUGCGUUGUCCUGUUGGAAUGUAAAACCUUCGCCCACACAAUCCUGUCUCGGAUUUCUGCAGACAAUUCCUUUGACCUCAUGGCUUGGUUUUUGCUCUGACAUGCACUGUCAACUGUGGGACCUUUUUAUAGACAGGUGUGUGCCUUUCCAAAUCAUGUCCAAUCAAUUGAAUUUACCACAGGUGGACUCCAAUCAUGUUGUAGAAACAUCACAAGGGUGAUCAAUGGAAAUGUGAUGCACCUGAGCUCAAUUUCCAGUCUCAUAGCAAAGGAUCUGAAUACUUAUGUAAAUAAGGUAUUGUUUGUUUUUGUUUUUUCAAAUGUUUCUAAACCUGUUUUCGCUUUGUCAUUGAGGUAUUGUCUGUAGAUUGAGAAUUUUUAAAAUCAAUUUUAGAAUAAGGGGAAGGGGUCUGAAUACUUUCCGAAUGCACUGUAUUGAGGCUCCCUGUUUUCGCACAAGCUAAAUCUGCAAAGGAAAAUUGCGUUUCAGGCUACACGAACUGCUUCUAUCCUACAUGACCCGCAAAAGGCAUAAGUGUUGUGGAAAUUCAGUACUGAGAGAGACUUGGUCUUGGUCAUUUCUUCAAACAAUCUUUAUUUAAUAUCAAUUAAUUAUUACAAUAAUGAGACCGUUAGGCUGAGAGUCUAGCCUUUUAUAGAAGAUGCAGUUUUUAUAUAGCUGAUAGCAAGAUUGCGUAGUCAGUCACUUCUAACCUUCCCAUAAGCCACCGUGGUUAUCUACACAGGAUGGUCUGUUACUUAGUUUCCCAGAUGCCAGGAAGAUGAGACGAUGCGGCAUUGUUCUUAACUCUUCCAGGCUCUCUCUAUCUCGAGUCACACACACACACACCACAUCUAUAAAAUGCUAGCUUUUAGGUUUUUAUCACCAACACAUCAAUUGUCAGCUUCAAGCUAUCUCUAGUAGAACCCAUGUCCUCAACAGCAGGUGCUAGAGUGGAGACCAUAAACCACAGCAUUAGCAGGACAGAAAUAUCUUAAUGUUCGUUAAGUAAAUAAUUGUCACAUAGCCAACAAAUAAGGUGAAUACGGGGCGGCAGGGUAGCCUAGUGGUUAGAGCGUUGGACUAGUAACCGAAAGGUUGCAAGUUCGAAUCCCCGAGCUGACAAGGUACAAAUCUGUCGUUCUGCCCCUGAACAGGCAGUUAACCCACUAGGCCGUCAUUGAAAAUAAUAAUUUGUUCUUAACUGAUUUGCCUAGUAAAAUAAUAAAGGUGAAUACAUAAUUUCUCUCUCACAUAAGCCAUACAGUCCAAUUCAAGUUGGAGAGUUCAUCUGAUUUAUUUCCACCAAAACCACUGGCGACAGUGGAUACACACACCACAUCUAUAAAAUGAUAGGUUAAGGGUAAUAUUGACGGCAUUCCAGAUUGGCUUUUUCAGCAGGCACGCUGAACAGACGUCUAAGGAGGUGUCUUGUUACCACUUCAUAUAGCAAACUUCAAAGAGACAUCAGAGACUGUAACGUUCUUUGCUUUACGGAAACAUGGCUCACUCGAGACACACUAUCGGAGUCGGUACAGCCAGCUGGUUUCUUCACGCAUCGCCCCGACAGAAACAAGCAUCUUUCUGGGAAGAAGAGGGUUAUGCCUUAUGAUUAACGAGACGUGGUGUGAUCAUAACAACAUACAGGAACUCAAGUCCUUCUGUUCACCUGACUUAGAAUUCCUCACAAUCAAAUGUCGACCGCAUUAUCUACCAAGAGAAUUCUCUUCGAUUAUAUUCCCCGCCAAGCAGACACAUCGAUGGCCCUGAACGAACUUUAUUUGACAAUGUAAACUGAAAACCACAUAUCCUGAGGCUGCAUUCAUUGUAGCUUGGGAUUUUAACAAGGCUAAUCUGAAAACAAGACUACCGAAAUUCUAUCAGCAUAUCGAUUGUGCAACCAGGACCGGUAAAACCCUGGAUCAUUAUUGUUAUUCUAACUUCCGCCCUCCUUUCGGAAAAGCUGACCACAUCAAUUUUCAAUUAUUAAAGUGGCUGGAGUUGAGUCAGUAGGCAGGCAGCAGCCACUCAAUGUUAGUGGUGGCUGUUUAACAGUCUGAUGGCCUUGAGAUUGAAAAACUGCUUCGGUCUCUCGGUCCCUGCUUUGAUGUACCUGUACUGACCUCACCUUCUGGAUGCUAGCGAUUAUAGCCACUUUAAACAAUGCCACUUAAUAUAAUGUUUACAUACCCUCUUCUCAUAUGUAUAUACUGUACUCGAUACCAUCUACUGCAUCUUGCCUUUGCCGUUCUGUACCAUUACUCAGUCAUAUCUUUAUGUACAUAUUCUUUAUCCCUUUACACUUGUAUGUGACAAAUAAAUUUGAUUUGUGUGUAUAA